GCGUUUGACAGACAGUUUAAAAGUACGGAAGGAAGGAUCUAAGCUGGUAAAACGAUUUUAAGCUGUGAGAUUCCGCCGUGUUUACUCUAAGCUGAUUUUUAUUAUUUAUGCAUAAUCACUGUAAAAAGAGAAGCGCGCUUAUUUAUUAUAAAUUCUGAACUACUGAAAGCCAUUAAUGACAUCGUUACUUGACGCAUUCCACGACAUGAUAUAAUGAAAUGGAAUGGAUGGGGUUACAGUGAUUCCCGGUUCCUUUUCAACAAAAAAGGCCAAGCAGAGUUUACAGGCAAAAGGUAUCGGUUAAGUGGGCUUAUUCUGCCUAGUCUGAAGGACUGGUUUGAGGGCACGUUUGGGGCCAACCUACAGCACAAAUCUCCAGCUACACCCGCUCUAAAUGUGAGUACGGUCCCACCUCCUAAUCUGAACGAGUCAUUUGUGGAGGAGCUAAAGGCAGCGGGUGUGGCCCUGUCACAGGAACCAGAGGACAGAGUGUUCCGAUCUCAUGGACACUGCCUGCAUGAAAUCUUCGCUCUGAGAGAGGGGAAAAUCGGAAGAGUACCAGACCUGGUAGUUUGGCCAAGUUGUCACAAUGAUGUGGUGAAGACUGUGGAGCUGGCCUGCAAGCACAAUGUCUGUUUGAUACCAUAUGGAGGUGGGACAAGUGUGUCUAGUGCUCUAGAAUGCCCCCCGGAGGAGACUCGAUCCAUUGUCUCUCUGGACACCUCUCAGAUGAACCGAAUAUUGUGGAUCGAUGAAAAGAACCUAACUGCCCAUGUAGAGGCUGGAAUCAUUGGCCAGGACCUGGAGAGACAGCUGAAUGAAAGUGGUUACUGCACUGGCCAUGAGCCUGAUUCGAUGGAGUUCAGUUCUCUUGGAGGCUGGGUGGCCACACGUGCAUCAGGAAUGAAGAAGAACAUCUAUGGCAACAUCGAAGACCUGGUGGUGCAUAUAAAGAUGGUGACCCCUAGAGGAGUGAUUGAAAAGAGCUGUCAGGGUCCACGAAUGUCCACUGGACCUGACAUUCACCACUUCAUAAUGGGUUCUGAAGGCACACUAGGUGUAGUGACUGAGGUUACUAUGAAGAUCCGUCCUGUUCCUGAGUAUCAGAAAUACGGCUCCAUUGUCUUCCCAAACUUUCAGCAGGGAGUUGCAUGCCUACGAGAGGUGGCCAAACAGAGAUGCGCCCCUGCUUCUAUUCGACUGAUGGACAACGAGCAGUUUCAGUUUGGUCAUGCACUUAAGCCUCAAGUGUCCUCCAUUUUCACAUCAUUUUUGGAUGGGCUGAAAAAAUUCUAUAUCACAAAAUUCAAAGGCUUUGAUCCUCAUCACCUGUGUGUGGCCACUCUGCUGUUUGAAGGAGAUCGGGAAAAGGUUUUGCAGCAUGAGAAACAGGUUUAUGACAUCGCUGCCAAAUUUGGGGGUCUGGCAGCAGGAGAGGAUAACGGGCAGAGAGGAUACAUGCUCACCUUUGUUAUUGCUUACCUGCGGGAUUUGGGCAUGGAUUACUAUGUGAUAGGCGAGUCAUUCGAAACAUCAGUGCCUUGGGACAGAGUUUUGGACCUGUGCCGGAACGUAAAGGAGAGGAUAGUGAGAGAGUGUAAAGAGCGAGGAGUGCAGUUCCCCCCGCUAUCUACAUGCAGAGUAACACAGACCUAUGAUGCUGGUGCCUGUGUGUAUUUCUACUUUGCCUUCAACUAUAGAGGACUCAGUGAUCCAAUACAUGUCUAUGAGAAAGUGGAGCAUGCAGCCAGAGAGGAGAUUCUAGCCAAUGGGGGAAGCCUGUCCCACCACCAUGGAGUGGGUAAAUUGAGGAAGGAGUGGAUGAAGGAGGCCGUCUCCACUGUGGGUCUGGGCAUGCUCAAGUCCGUGAAGGAGUAUGUGGACCCCAGCAACAUAUUUGGAAACCGAAACCUCCUGUAAUUGAACUCCACUGUAAUAAAAAACCUUUUAUUCACUGUUUUUCUAACCACGUUUAGCCAUACUGGAUUAAUUGGAUUAAGGCUUAAUAUGUGCUAAUUUCUACACAUAUAAAAACAAGCAGUGAUUUAUUUUCAUUGAUGGAGAUUCCAUUCCAAUACUGUACUGCAGAACUCAUCAAAAGGGUUGAUACUUUCCCGUCCUGUCAGAUUACUCCCUUCUUUUCCUCACUUCUCCUCUCCUGUCAUCCUGAUCUGCUGUUUCAUGUAAAAUGUGGUGAGCAAGGUGAAAGUUAAGAUGAGUCAAAUUCUUUUUUAUUACUGUUAAUUCCAUUUCACAAGCCCAUAGACUGCCAGAGAGGAAUGGACUGUCUCAGAAAGAGUUGAGUCAAGGUACUUCACCAAGAAAAGCUUAUUAUAUAGAGAAUCUAGUUACUCAUUUCUAUAUUAAAGCUAUUUUUUCAUUUCUCACUGAUCUUGCCAACAUUGGGUUGAUUUACCUUUUGAUAUAGUAAAUAUAAGGAUAUUCCUGUAUAGUGUGUGUUGAUCGAAAUGCGCUUUCUAAAGCAGUGUGCCUUCUCUUGCUCUGUCUGUGUGUGGGUAUCUGCCUUGCCUUCCUUUGCCUCAAUCCUUUUUUUAAGAGUGACUCCAAAACAUUCACUGUCUCUUCCAACAGCCCCUUUGUAUCUGCCAGUGUUUCCUUACAACCUACCUUUUGCCUUUUCUAACAGUCCACAUGAACUGUUUUGCCAGGGUUUGACAUUUUCUCUAAAGCCCCUUAAGAUUUCUUUUUUAAAUCUUUGUAGACGUGCCUCUGUUUAGUGCACUGAAAAAAACACAUGUAUAGGGUAACAUUUCUUACCCUGCUACUGCAAAGUAGGAGAAGCUCCCCUAGCAUGGUGAAGUGAUAUCUCAUGAACUCCUUCCUCUCUUCACUAUGAGCUUUAUCAGAACAUGAUGUCUUUGGAUGGAAUCGUUUGGAUUCAGUUUGUUAGCGAUUCAGUGUGAAGUUGCGAAACCCCUCUCUUGUUCCUACCAAAGACUCUCAGCUUCUCCAACCUAUCCAUUGCAGGCCAAAUUACUUUGACUGUAUGCACACAUACACCUGUAAAUUGUGUAUAUAAGGAGCACACGCAUAUACAUGUUAAUAUAUUUAAUAUCUGACCAUCAAAGAUUCCUCAUGACAAAAUGUUUUUUGUUUUUUGUUUUUUUUUUGUCUGGUUUGUUUUCAACAUGACGUAUGCAAAAAGCCAGAGAUGAUCUUGACGUGGAUCUCAAACAUGUCAAUAUUAGUGACUGUUACUUUAUGUAAUGCUAAUGUUCAUCCACGUAAAUGAAGAUAAGCCUGGGUGUGGACGUUAAGUGAAUACUUGUGGAUUUUCAGUUUCUCUUUGAAAAGGUGCCUGUCUUGUUUUUUUUCCCCUAAUGUAUUAAUAAUCCCUGAAGUCUACGUCUUGUGUUCUCAUAAGAGUUGCUUAUGAUUUUUUUUAAUUCUGAAUCUAGUUUAUUUUGCUUCCUGUCCUCUCUUUUAAUUAAGCCAUUAAUUAACCCUUAAGCCGAACCUAAGCCUUGCUAGACCAUGGUAUACUGCUGUAUGGUGCUAGAGUAAGAUGCAACAUUACUGAUGUCAAGUUACUGAAUCUUGUAAAAUCUCAGCCAUCCAUCCUGUGAUGAUUUGUAGGUAUCACAUUCAUGUUACAAAUGUUAACUAAAGCAUUUGCAACACCAGACUGCUUUCCUGGCCCUCUGAUCCACGGCACUUGUUGAAAAAGACAUUACUCAGUGAGUAAGGCAGUAUGGAAGUCUUCAUGGACGUUCUAAACCUCAUGCAAGCCCUCCUGUCUACUUCUCCGGCUUUGCUCUGUGAAACAUUGAAUGAAGGAAAUGUCGGGCCUUGUUUGCCCUUCUAAACAUUUUCUGAACAGUUUCAUUCACAGCAGUCUGCUCAUGCUAUUUCACUAAAACAACCUACAUAUGUUCUGGAUGCUCCUUUUGUCUUUCUGCGGUUUCCUUGGUAACGUGUUUAACAUCAGAAUACAUUUUGUCAGUGCUGUUUGUGCAAUAAAUUAACAUAAAAAUAA